AGCAGCCCCCACUUCCUCGUUUCACAACCACACUGACAGCACUGACAUCAGCGGAACGGGGCACCCUUCACACACCCUUUAGGCGCCGAUAGCCGCCUAUCCGCGUCCGUCUCGUGCAACUGUAUGGCCGAAUGUCAGUCUCGCGCUGGUCUCCCGCUGACACACAGGGCUCGCGCGCGCCGGAUCGCGCGUCAACCGUGAGCGGAAGCGCCAGCUCUCCUGUAGGUGCGGAGCGAAGGGGCGCGCGCGCACGCAUUUCCGCGUCCUUCUCCGCCUCAAGUGACCCCUGAAGACCCCCUCGGCGCCAAACUAUGAAGCAGUGAAGGUGGCCAUCCUUGGUUCGAGUUUAGGGACGGCAGCGUUUCUGACGGUCAAAUCCAAAAGCGAAGGAUGCCAGCUGGAGUGUGUGGCUGUUGUGGCCCCCUGCGGCCACGUUACAAGCGCCUGGUGGACAACAUUUUUCCCGAGGACCCCAAGGAUGGCUUGGUUAAGUCAGACAUGGAGAAACUGACCUUCUAUGCUGUGUCUGCCCCAGAGAAGCUGGACCGUAUCGGGGCCUAUCUCGCAGAGAGGCUGAGCCGUGAUGUCCUCAGGCACCGAUACGGCUAUGUGGUCAUUGCUAUGGAGGCCCUGGACCAGCUGCUGAUGGCCUGCCACUCGCAGAGCAUCAAGCCAUUUGUUGAGAGCUUCCUGCACAUGGUGGCCAAGCUCCUGGAGUCUCAGGAGCCGGACCUGCAAGUCCUCGGAACCAACUCGUUUGUCAAGUUCGCCAAUAUCGAGGAGGACACCCCAUCCUACCACCGCCGGUAUGACUUCUUUGUGUCUCAGUUCAGCGCCAUGUGCCAUUCCACCCAUGAGGACCCAGAGACAAGAACCAGGAUCCGUGUGGCUGGAAUCAAGGGUCUCCAAGGUGUGGUCAGGAAGACGGUGAACGACGAACUACAGGCCAUCAUCUGGGAGCCUCAGCACAUGAACAAGCUCAUCCCGUCGAUGCUUUUCAACAUGCAGGAGGCUGACGACUUUGACAGCAGGGCGGGGCACCCCAGCUCGCCAUCAGGUACAGAGCGUGACGAGAACCCUGCUGCACUGGCGGAGAGCUGCUUCAGGGAGCUACUGGGAAGAGCCGCCUACGGCAACAUGAACAACGCUCUGCGCCCUGUGCUGGUGCACUUGGACAACCAUGGCUUGUGGGACCCUAAUGAGUUCGCAGUGUCUUGCUUCAGGAUCAUUAUGUAUUCCAUUCAGGCUCAACACUCCCAUCACGUGAUCCAACAGGUGCUCGGCCACCUGGACACUCACAACAAGGAUACGCCCAGGGUGCGAGCUGGCAUUGUGCAGGUCCUCCUGGAGACAGUGGCCAUUGCAGCCAAGGGAUCUGUAGGUCCCACCGUGCUGGAGGUGUUCAACACGCUUCUGAAGCACUUGCGCAUGAGCGUGGACUUCGAGAUGGGGGCCGACUCCCGACGGGGCUCAGCCAGCAGCGUCUCCUCCCGCUCCAAGGAGAGUGAGGAGCGCAUCGUCCAGAACGCUAUCAUCCAGACCAUUGGGUUUUUUGGUGGCAACCUGCCUGACUACCAGCGCGCCGAGGUGAUGAUGUUCAUCAUGGGCAAAGUGCCAGUCUAUGGGACACCCUGUCAUACCUUGGACACGGUCAAGAUUGGGCACCUGGGCACCAAGCGCAUCCAGGCCAUGCUGCUGAGCUCCCUGAUCAUGGUGACCUCUGGCUUCAAAGCCAAGACGAUGGCAGCCGCUCUACCCCCGCUCUUCCUGGACCCGCUCUUCUCCAUCUCCCUGAUGGAGGACAGCGAGCUGAGGCAGCUGGUGCUGGAGAUCCUGCACAACAUCAUUGAUCGCCACGACAACAGGGCCAAGCUGAGGGGAAUCAGGAUUAUUCCCAAUGUGGCAGCUUUGAAGAUCAAGCGGGAGAAGAUCUCCAAGCAAGAUGUUAGUUUCAUGAAAAAGCAUGGACAACAACUCUACAGGCACAUCUACCUGGGCUGUAAGGAGGAGGACAAUGUUCACAAGAACUUUGAGCUGCUCUUCACCGCCCUAGCGCUCAUCACAAUUGAGCUGGCCAAUGAGGAGGUGGUCAUCGAUCUCAUCCGCCUGGCUAUGGCGCUGCAGGAUAUGGUUCUGGCCAAUGAGGAGAACAUGCCCAUGUUCAUCCGAUGCAGCAUCUUAGCUCUGGUGGCAGCCUACUUGAACUUCCUCAGCCAGAUGAUUGCCAACCCACCCUUUUGUCAGCAUGUCAGCAAGGUUCUUGAGAUGAGAAACCUGGAAGCCCCAUACCUUCUACCAGAGCACAUCUUCAGGGAGAAGUGCCCGCUGCCCAGCACCCUGGAGAAGGACAACAGAAGCUUGUACUUCCAGACGCAGGAGAUUGCAGAGUCGCUGGCAGGACCCAGUUACAACGUGGAGCGCCUCUCUGUUCCAUAUGUGCCCCAGGUGACAGAUGAAGACCGCCUGUCCCGAAGAAAGAGUUUUGUCGACACCAUUUCCCUCCAGGUUGACCUUCUCUCUAGCAGCCUUCCUGACAAGUCUCAGCUGGCUGAAGAGAUCACUUUUGAAACCCUGAAGAAGGCCAUCGACACCACAGGACUGGAGGAGCAAGAGAAGGAAAAGAGAAGACAGGUGAUUGAGAAGUUCCAGAAAGCUCCAUUCGAGGAGAUUGCUGCCCAUUGCGAGUCUAAGGCAAAUAUGUUGCAUGACAGAUUGGCACAGAUUUUUGAGCUUACAAUCCGGCCUCCGCCCAGCCCAUCCGGUACGGUGACAAUUACGGCUGGCCAUGCCCAGUACCAUUCUGUCCCGGUGUACGAGAUGAAAUUUCCUGACCUGUGUGUCUAUUAGCCCAGCCUCCUUCGGUGUAAUGGCUGCAGUUGGCGUCUCUGCCAUUUUCAUCACCAGAAUCAUUUCAUGUGCUUAUUAUUUUUGUAAUCAUUUUGUGGGGAGGUUUAGUAUUAGAACUGAUUUCAUAUCUUUCCUUUCUUGUAAAAGCUGUUUCUCAGAAGACCACUUAAAGUGCUGGGAAUUUGAAUGGUUACUUCAAAGGUUUACACUGUUUUUUACUAGGUAAAAUUUGGUACGUAGAAAGGUUAUCUGGAAUGUUUUCCUUGCUUGUGUUCUGGCAAAGGGUCGGUUCUUUUAUCAAGAUACAAAGUCUGUGUAUUAAGUUCAAAGAACCAUGUAUCUCAACCAAUUAAGAAGCAAUAUAAGAUCAAGUGAUGAUUUGUGGUUAGCAGGAAUAUAUCUAAAAUCAUAACAAAAUAUUAGAAGACUACGUGGUGCUUGAUUUAAGAAAAUAUUUUUUUAAAUGGAUUUUAUCUUGAGUUCACUCAGCUACACUGAGCUGACUCAAUCUAGAUGACAAGUCAGAAUAACAUUAAAUAGCAACAAUCUUAAUAUUCAAAGCAGGUAACAUAAUCAGGGAUAAUUUUUUUUUAAAUAUCAAUGGGUGAUAUAAAAUGCAUUUCAGGAUAAGGAAAAAUGAAUUUAUUUUCAAAGAUUUAAGUUGUCUGAUGUUUUAUUAUGUAACCCAGAGAAAAUCUUGAAGAGUAUAUUUACUUUUAUUUUGUCGUUGAAGGUACAACGAGAUGCUAAGGUGGUGUUCUAAAUUCCUCUACAUAUUAUUCGGCCUAGCUGUUCAGGAAGAAGCGUGACGCGAGAUGUUGAAGGAAUCCGGUUUAAGUGACUGGUUCUUCUGAUGAAUGAUUUAGGGCAAUGUUAAACCCAGGCAGUGUCCAGUUUCGCUGGAUCUCAUUCGUACACGUUACCUCAUAUUAAUGUGCUGUACAUUAUGCUCAUCGCAGUAUGGCCAUCAUCACUUACAGUAACAGCAUGAUUUGGUAUGUGACAGGACGUGCAGGAAGGUCAAUAGAAGGGCUGACGAAGGGCUGUGUUUAGCAGAACAGUUAGAAAAGACUCGGGUGGCUGUUGGCUAUGAGGACCAGUGUCCAAUUUUGAUAAUCUGGAAUAUCUGUCUAAAUCAGGUCUGAUCGGAGAGGGAGUAGUUAUAAUGUGUUGCUACAGAUAUAACAUCCCUUCUUGGAACAUUUGGUUUUUAGUGUUGGUUUUUGUGUCGCAGCCCUUCAAGGAAUGGACAGCAUGACCUGUUUCAUUCAGAGGAACAACAGGACUACCUUCUGUAGAAUGCUGCUAGGAUGCAGGAAUGUAUGUGCAAUUUUAUCAAAUAGAACAAUAGCACUUUAUGAUAGCUGAUUUAAUCUGUAUUGUAAACCAGCAUUUCACAAUCAGAAUGACAGUAUUGUAGUGUGACAACUUUUUGCUGUAUAAAAUUAAAUAAAUUCUGUAACAGCACAGCUAAAUGUCUUAUAUUGAAAUACAGUGUAAUUGCAGAAAUCUGUCUAAUUGAUUCAGCAGUCAGAUGGUGUAUCUAAUGUUGGAAAUUUAUAUGCAUGGACACAACUUGCCAGAAAAUGUUUAGCCAGUUGUCUAAAGUUUUCUUUCUUCUGAAAGUCAUAUAACUCGAGUAGUGUUUUGAAUAUUCUAAUUCUGUAAUUUGAUUUGUUCUAUGGAAUGUCAUAAUCGUAGCCACUCACCACCACAAUUGCAUUCUGUGGCUUGGCGUACGUAGUUUGGAUCCUUUCAGUUCAUAAGGUACAAUUUGUGCUAUCCUACGGAUCAUUAUGCCGGGCUGUUUUUUUAUUAUUGCACUUCUCAAGGUUAGUGCAGACGCAAGAAGCUAUUUGUUCGAUUAAUUGCGCAGACGUGCUGAGAUAAGAAGGCAGCUUGCAUGCAUUAUUCAAAAGCACGCACAAAGGCAAUGUGUUAAAUUAAAGCAAAAUUGAAGCCUUUAAAUGAGUUGUUUUCAAGUAGGAUUUAGCUGAGUAUUUUGAGGCAUUGAGGUUCCUCUCAGACACCUGGCUUGCUCUUUGAUGUCAUUCUAAGUUGUACAAAAGACAGUCUGCUUUUACACGUUUUAAGCAAUAAAUCCUAUAUUCUCUAAAAAUUGUGAAAUGUAUCUUAUCCUUGUGAUUUCUGCGACAGGAGAGCACUUGCUUUCUUCACAUGCUGCAGAGUGGUAGACAACUGCCAAAAUAGCACCAUCUGAACUUUGAUUUUGUACCUGAUGUAAAGUGUAGGCCAGUGCAUUUUGUUUGAUGAAGAAGGUGACUUGCAGCUGCUUGGAAUGAUGUAAAAAUUGACAAAAAUGCUGCCACAACAGUUGCUGCUAAGCACCUGGUUUAUCCAAUAUUAAAAUAUUAUUGUUUGCUUUCCUUCCAUAGUGUACAGUACUAUUGGACAUGUUAGAAUUCAGCUCAUUGUUCUCCCUUCUUUCCAUCGCUCUAAAACUCGCUGCUGUACUGGAGGCAGUUUUUUCAGGAAUAAGCUGAGCUAGCAAAGAGUUUGGUUGCAGCUGACAACACGAUGCAGCUCUGCUGUCUCACCCUUAUCUCUGAGGAAGCGGAGCUCUAAUUGUGUACGACCAGCUGUUGAAAUGGAGUCGGGUUCCAGAGUCUUAGAUUUCCUGGUAAUCACCAUCUCUGCAGAUGUAGGACAGGGCCAUCUUUGUGCCGCAACUCGCUUGGUCCUUUGUGCUCUCUGAGACCAAGCCUUUCCCCCUUUAUUACUUUUCUCAUGUUUUUAUCCUUCUCUCUGUGGGAUGGAAAAUUGAAGCUAGUCAUUUCAUGUUGAUUUUAGAUAUUUGGCUUAUUCUUAAAAUAGUUGAGUAUAAUUUUACUGUUUGCUCAUGGAGGGGGGCACAGGUAGAGCAGCGGGUUGGACCGGGUCCUGCUCUCCGGUGGGUCUGGGGUUCGAGUCCCGCUUGGGGUGCCUUGCGGCGGACUGGCGUCCCAUCCUGGGUGUGUCCCCUCCCCCUCUGGCCUUACGCCCUGUGUUACCGGGUAGGCUCCGGUUCCCCGCGACCCCAUGUGGGACUAGCGGUUCAGAAAAUGUGUGUGUGUGUGUGUGUGUUUGCUGGUGGAAUCAAAUCCCCUUUGAUCAUAAUGCAAUUGUGACUUUAAUAGUUGUUGCAAGAAUUUUUGUGGCAUAGAUUCCCCCGCUGUCCCCCAGCCCUUUGACAUGUAAAAAGCAAUAUCACCCGUCACAGGAAAAGAUGCUGGUAAAUUAGAAUAUUGCUAAUUAUCUGUGUCAAAGCUGUACGUCCUGCCUUUGAGAACAAUGGUUUCUAAGGCAGCUUGUAAGUACUUAUAACUUGCAGCUACCAUUUAUCCUUGAUAACUAAUCUGAGAUUUAAAAUUUUCAAGUUGUAUCGUUUAAUUUUCCGAAUUAAGUCUGAAUCAAGGUUGUGCAGUGCAUUAGAGGUGAUGCUGGGAAAUGUUUGGCACGGUUUGCUGAUGACUCUCAUCAGACUCUUUCCCACUCAGUAUGGAAACAGCUGUGGCGCUCCAAUAACACAGCACAGACGUACUGUACCCACUACAUUCAAGCUCAGACAGCCCAUUGUUGGAGAUGCUGCAUGCAGUGCAAUUUCUAGCGACCUUUUAGAGGACAUUUUUGAAGAGAUGUCAAGAAGUGAGGCUCGGUUUCUUUUGUAUAUCUGCAACAGUGUCACUCAUGAUCAGUGAAAAGCUACCACUUUUUCUUGAAACCACUAGAUCAGCGAUGUUAUGAUAGCUCAUUGUGCAUAAAGUGCAGUAUACUGUAAAACAAAUAAAAGAUAUGCUAUUAAA